CGUGUCGCUGUUAGCCGGUCGAGUGUGUAGUCAGCAUUUCAUAAUUAGUGUAGUGAUAAUCCGUUGAAAUUAUGUCAGUUAUAUUGGGAGGUGCAGUGAAAUUAUAUUUCUAUUUAAAUGAUGAUAUAGCAGAUCCCAGGACGCAAGAUUGGUUUCUGAUGCGAACACCAUGGCCGGGGCUAGGCAUAAUGCUGUUUUAUUUAGCCGCUGUGUUUCGAUGGCUGCCAGACUAUAUGAGCAAGCGACCAGCUUACGACCUGCGAAGUAUUAUUGCAGCUUAUAAUGCUAUACAAAUAGUAGGAUGCGCGUUUAUCGCCUAUAAGAGUCUAACCCUAGGAUGGCUGAAUCAUUACUCGUUGGUUUGCCAAGCGGCCGACGAUGGACCUCUAAGUCUGGAGUACGCGUGGAGUGUCUGCUAUGGAUACUUUAUUAUGAAACUGGUUGAUCUCCUCGACACGGUGUUCUUCGUGCUGAGAAAGAAACAAAACCAAGUUACUUUCCUGCACGUGUACCAUCACUUUGGUAUGGUGGCUGUUGCCUGGGGCAUCGUCAAAUGGCUACCAGGAGGGCACGUGACAAUGCUGGUGACUUUGAACUCAAUCGUCCACAUAAUCAUGUACGGCUACUACCUGCUGACCACGUGGGACGACUCAUACAAACAGUCCAUUUGGUGGAAGAAGCACGUCACUCAAGUACAAAUCUUGCAGUUCACGCUCCUGUUCGUGCAUUUCAUAGCGCUAGUGGUGACGCGCGAGUGUGCAUUCCCGCGCGAACCCGCCUAUCUGCUCAUCCCACAGAACUUGUUUAUGGUCAUUCUCUUCUCGGACUUCUACUACCGCUCUUAUAUCAAGACUAAGAAAUCAUGAUUGUACUAAAUAAAUUUUAAUAAUAUAUA